CAGCCACCCAUGACGCACUCGAUCCAGUCAUGACACAUCAUCGGACCGCCCUUGUCUUUUCUCCCCCGCUCCCUUCGCUUCCUGUUCGUCUGCAUCUUCCAGCCUUCAUUCCUUAGCUACAAUCCUCUAUCCUCAAUGUUGCCCGUUUGGUCCCCAAAAGCGAUCGCUUCUCGUCUCCGCGAGAUCGCUGCUGGCCGUGAGGCCCUGGAUCAAGCCGCCCGCGGCUCCACCACUCCGCGUUUUCUCUCUCCCGAUGAUCCCAUUUCCAAAUGCCGAUCCAAGCAACGCAAAGACCCGCCGAUUCCGCUGGUUGGCGGCAAAGGCUUCUCGCUCGUCUACAUGGCCAACUCGGGUAUCCGUGUACCUCCUGGCUUUGUUCUGACCACAAGCUUUUUCAAGCCCUGGAUCGACCAGCUCCGGCGAACGAGCGAAUGGUCCGACUUUCAGGAAAGACUCUCGAGCCACAGUGCCGCCGAGCUCUCGCAGUCCCACUCCGAGUCCGACGGGGGCAUGAGAGCGGCCACCGAUGCUCUCAAAGCCUAUGCUGCCGCCCAUCUCACCUUCUCACCCGAGAUGAAGACCGUCACCGAUCAGACCUGGUCUCGGCUGAGUCUCACCCUCGUCGCUGUCCGUUCAAGCUCGCCGGACGAAGACCUGGGAGGCGCCUCCUUUGCCGGUGGAUACGAGACUGUUCUGGGAGUCAACCGAGAGAACCUCGAGAGCGCCAUCCUCCAGGCCUUUGUUUCCUGUCUUGAUGUUCGUGUCGUGCUUUACAAACUGGCACAUGGCUUCUCGGCACUCUCGCCCUCAAUCGCCAUCGUGGUUCAGCAACAGGUCGACAGUGCCGUCGCCGGCGUGGCCUUCAGUGUCAACCCCUUGACCAACUCGCACAACGAGGUCUUUAUCAACUCAAACUUUGGUCUGGGUGAGACUGUGGUCGCAGGAUUGGCCAGCCCAGACGAGUUUGUGGUCGACAAAUCGACCAAGCGCAUCAUCAAGAAAACUCUCGGCGCCAAGAACGUUGUCAUCAAGCUACUGCAGGGCGGCGGAACCGCCGAGUCCGCUGUUGAUGCCGAAGCUGCCCAAACCUUCUCGCUCUCCGAUCACCACGUCGUUGAGAUUGCAUCCCAGGUCCAGCGUAUCGAGAGCCUCUACGGCCGGCCUAUGGAUAUCGAGUAUGGAAUCGAAGCUGAUAACUUGUAUAUCCUGCAAGCGAGACCGGUGACGACCUCGUUGGACCUCUCCCCCAUGAUCACAUCCUUGAACAACCCUAAACAGCAUUUCCUCUGGGAUAUCACUCUGGCUGUUCAGGGUCUGCCUCUGCCCAUGUCCGUCUUUGGAACGAAUGUGCUUGAGAUGGCCUUCAACUGCCUCAAAGCCAAGCUCGGCCAGCUCGAGUCCAGGACACAACCGUUCCACUCGUUUCCAUUGAUCUUUGACGCGAAAACGGGACGUAUCUACGGUGAUGUCUCCUUGGUUCACAGUUACCUCAACCCAAACAUGAGCCGCGACAUAGCCAUCAUCGACCCGCUUUCCGCCAAGGUUUUCCAGUCGCUCGAUGCAAAUGCCCUUGCUUUGGAGCCCCUGACGCUCUUGUCAAAGCUGUGGAUUGCUUUGAGAGUCGUGUUGCAUGCGCCUCUGCUCUCAGUCAUGUACAGUCUGGUUCGGUCCUACAACUUUCCACGCAUCCGAAGACACGAGAUCAGCACGACUAUCAGCACCCAGCUGAGCGAUCGACUGGCCGAGCCACGCAAGCCCGGAGACUCUCUCUUCGACUGGACCGUCCAGAUCAUGCACGAUGGCUUCACCACGAUCCUCCAAAGCUCGGGUCCAACCAUGAUCAUCUGGCGCAAGUCCCUGGUGGAUCUCAGAGCCAUCCUGAAGCCCGUGCUUGAGGAUGAGCAAACUAAAGAGAUGGCAGAGGCCUAUCUCGAGCGAAUCGAUCGCAGCUUGCCCGGCAACGUCACCAUCGAAAUGGGAUUGUCGCUCGCACAGCUAGCACACGAUCUGGCGGCCGAGGGCGACCGUGUCAAGUCUAUGCAGCCCGCAGAACUCGAGGAGGCGCUCGCCGGCCGAUCAGAUGCCCUCGGUCCCAAGUUUGCCCAGAAGUGGAAGACCUUCAUGGAUACCUAUGGCCAUCGCGGCGACACGGAGCUGGAUGCCUCCACUCCACGUUACCGCGAAUCCUCACACACCCUGAUCAACCAGCUGUUCCAGCAAAUGAACUCGACCCGCAAGGACCCGAUCGCGCAGUUCAACCAGUGCCAAACCGAGCGUCAGGAGGCAUACGAGUACUUUGCUGCCGAGCUCAAGAAACACAAUGGGAACGUGGCCCGCUUCGACCGCAUCUACACCCGCAUUGUGGAGCUUGGUGGUCUGCGCGAGACCCACAAGUUCAACAUCGUCAAGGCCGUGGCUCGUGUUCGCCAGGAGGCUUUGGCGGUCGGCAAGCUCCUGGUCGAGCACGGCAAGAUCGAGUCAGUCCAGCAGGUGUUUGACUUUGAGAUCCUCGAUCUCGACGGCGUUGUCCAGCAAAUCGAGCGUCGCAUACAUGCCGCGCCAAGCGAAUCGUCCCGGCUGCUGCAGUCGUCGCCCCAUGACGGCGAGAUCGAUCUGGCCAAGGUCCGGGAGCGACGCCUUGCUCUCUGGAAUCAAUGGACCAAGGCUGCGCUCUCGGGCAACGAACUUCCGAGGGUGAUGGACUCCUACGGCACCAUCUACCGCGAGAUCCCUCUCCAGCGCACCGAUCUCGGCGAGAACUGCCUGGUGGGCUAUCCGAUGAGUGCCGGCGUGGUCGAGGGCCGAAUCAAGAUCCUUGAGUCGCCCGACGAGAAGCCUCUGCUGCCAGGCGAGAUUCUGGUGGCUCGAUGCACCAACCCAGGCUGGACACCCCUGUUCAUCAACGCCGCUGCCGUGGUGCUCGAGGUCGGCGGCGUCCUCCAGCACGGAGCACUGGUCGCCCGCGAAUACGGCAUUCCCUGUGUCGCCGGCAUCCUCGGCCUGCUCAAGAAUGACAAGCUCAAGGACUCGGUCCGGGUCCGGGUUGACGGCAACCAGGGCAUUGUCACGAUCCUGGAUGACGGCGACGAGCCCUCCGCUGCAUGAUUGCGCUGUAUCUUUGCCCCUUCCCACACCUUUCUUCUCCACAUUUGACUCGCCAGUGUCGUCUGCCGGUUUUGCGAAUGCGACUGGAUGUUGUUGAUGAUAAUGAUGAACAACACGCAUACCUUCAGACACA